AUGGGCUAUCCGACGGACGCCGAUUGGCCGGAUAUGAAAAAAAUGCCCGAUUUUAAUCGGUUGCAAACCGACGUCCGCAGUGAUGGGUUCGUUUGGAUUUUUUUCUUUUUAUGCCUCGGCAAAAGAUUUUUAAGAGUAAUUCAUUUAUUUUUGAAAUUUCGACGUUUUGCGAAGUAUUUUUAUUUUUCAGAAGCUAUUUUGUCCUUUUUUUAUUUUUAAUAUAUUAAUUUUUAUUUAAAAUACAUGAAAGAUUUUCAAAAACUUAAAAACAUUUUUUAAACCAAUAAACCCACGAAAUUUAACUCUUAUAACCGCGCCCCUGUUGCAAAAAGAACCGUGCCGCGAUUGCAGUAAGCCACGCCCAUUGACCAUUUAAGUAAAAAUUAUUCCGAAAAAAAUUCGAAAUAACCUCUAAAAGUGAAAAAGGACUAAAUUUUUGAAUAUUCUAAUUUCUGUCGAAUAGACUUUGUAUUCGAUAUAUUCGAUUUUUUUUUCCAUUCGAAACUGCAUUUGAUAAAUCCGUAACAUGCGGCUCUCAAUACCGUGCCCCUAUUGUAAAAGAAAGAACCGUGCCGCGAUUGCAAAAGAACCGUGCCGCGAUUGCAGUAAGCCACGCCCACCCAUUUUCAGGUCGGCGAACCAGUUCAACAACUCCUCAGUGGCCAGAUACAUGGAGAAGUUCAAAAUCGAAAAUCAGGCCGAACAAUUGAAGCUCCUCCAGCGACUUCUGUGCAUGGACCCGACGAAAAGGGUCUCCUGCAAAGACGCCUUGGAUGAUCUCUGGUUCAAGGUACCUUUCUAAGAGAUUUUAGAGAUCCUAAGGGCCUUCUUAAGUGGUUUUAAAGGUUCCAAGUACCUUUUUGAGUGAUUUUAGAGGUUCUAAGUAUCUUCUUAAGUGGUUUUAGAAGUCCUAAGUAUUUUUCUUAAGGGAUUUUAAAGAUUCCAAGGGUCUUCUUGAGUGUUUUUUUAGAGGUUCCAGUAUCUUCUUAAGGGAUUUUAAAGGUUCUAAGUAUCUUCUUAAGUGGUUUUUAAAGGUUCCAAGUACCUUUUGAGUGAUUUUAGAGGUCCUAAGUAUUUUUAAGGGAUUUUAAAAGUCUCAAGUAUUUUCUUAAGGGAUUUUAAAGAUUCCAAGGGUCUUCUUGAGUGUUUUUAGAGGUUCCAGUAUCUUCUUAAAGGGAUUUUUAAAGGUUCUAAGUAUCUUCUUAAGUGGUUUUUUAAAGGUUCCAAGUACCUUUUUGAGUGAUUUUAGAGGUCCUAAGUAUUUUUUUAAGGGAUUUUAAAAGUCUCAAGUAUUUUCUUAAGGGAUUUUAAAGAUUCCAAGGGUCUUCUUGAGUGUUUUUAGAGGUUCCAGUAUCUUCUUAAGGGAUUUUAAAGGUUCUAAGUAUCUUCUUAAGUGGUUUUAAAGGUUCCAAGUACCUUUUUGAGUGAUUUUAGAGGUCCUAAGUAUAAGGGAUUUUAAAAGUCUCAAGUAUUUUUCUUAAGGGAUUUUAAAGAUUCCAAGGGUCUUCUUUGAGUGUUUUUAGAGGUUCCAGUAUCUUCUUAAGGGAUUUUUAAAGGUUCUAAGUAUCUUCUUAAGUGGUUUUUAAAGGUUCCAAGUACCUUUUUGAGUGAUUUUAGAGGUCCUAAGUAUAAGGGAUUUUAAAAAGUCUCAAGUAUUUUUCUUAAGGGAUUUUAAAGAUUCCAAGGGUCUUCUUGAGUGUUUUUAGAGGUUCCAGUAUUUUUCUUAAGGGAUUUUAAAGGUUCUAAGUAUCUUCUUAAGUGGUUUUUAAAAGGUUCCAAGUACCUUUUUGAGUGAUUUUUAGAGGUUCUAAGUAUCUUCUUAAGUGGUUUUAGAAGUCCUAAGUAUUUUCUUAAGGGAUUUUAAAGAUUCCAAGGGUCUUCUUGAGUGUUUUUAGAGGUUCCAGUAUCUUCUUAAGGGAUUUUAAAGGUUCUAAGUAUCUUCUUAAGUGGUUUUAAAGGUUCCAAGUACCUUUUUGAGUGAUUUUAGAGGUCCUAAGUAUUUUUUUAAGGGAUUUUUAAAAGUCUCAAGUAUUUUUCUUAAAGGGAUUUUAAAGAUUCCAAGGGUCUUCUUGAGUGUUUUUUUAGAGGUUCCAGUAUCUUCUUAAGGAUUUUUAAAGGUUCUAAGUAUCUUCUUAAGUGGUUUUUAAAGGUUCCAAGUACCUUUUUGAGUGAUUUUAGAGGUCCUAAGUAUUUUUUUAAGGGAUUUUUAAAAGUCUCAAGUAUUUUCUUAAGGGAUUUUAAAGAUUCCAAGGGUCUUCUUGAGUGUUUUUUUAGAGGUUCCAGUAUCUUCUUAAGGGAUUUUAAAGGUUCUAAGUAUCUUCUUAAGUGGUUUUAAAGGUUCCAAGUACCUUUUUGAGUGAUUUUAGAGGUCUAGAAGGGCUUUUCAAGAAUUUUUUAAGGUUCAAAGUAUCUCUUUAAGCGUUUUUUAAUGUUCAAAGUGUUUUUUAAGGGUUUUAGAGCUUCAAGGUAACUUUAUUAGUGUUUUGAGAAGUUCAAAGUACCUUUUUGAGUGAUUUUAAAGGUUCCCAGUACCAUUUUAAGAGAUUUUGAGGUUCCAAGUACUUUUAUGAGUGAUUUUAGAGGUCCGAAGUAUCUUCUUAAGGAAUUUUAGAGGUUCAAAGUAAUUUUUUUAAGUGAUUUUUAGAGGUCUCAAGUAUCUUUUUAAGUGGUUUUAGAGGUCUCAAGUAUCUUCUUAAGUGGUUUUAGAGGUUCCAAGUAAUUUUUUUAAUGUUUUUUUAAAGAUCCAAAAAUACCUUAUUAAGUGUUUUUAGAUAUUCAAAAAAACCCGAAAAAAUUUCAUAAACCAGAGAAUACGUGAAAGAAGGAGACGCAGAGAAGCUUUCCAUAGAACAAUGGAUUUUUCUCGUUUCCAGCAAGAUCCGAAGCCGACGGACGACGUUUUCGACAAGAAUCCGAUCCCCUACCCUAAAAAGGAGUACCUACCGGAGAGCGAGAACAAAAAGUCGAUGUUGAUGGGCGUCGACGAGCACAGCCAACAACACAACACUCAUCCCCAAAUAACUGGAAGCCUCGAUGAACCGGCCAACAAAAUGAUGCGGCUCAAUGCGCAGGUUAAUCCGGGAAUCAUACUAGAAAAGUUGGAAAAAAUGUCCUUUUUGGUAGAGAUUUUCCCUUUAUCAAAGCUAGGUCUCUCCAAGGAAAGUUCGAAGUCAAAACUUUUGAGAUUUUCCUGUAAAUUUGCGAGAAGGUACUUCAGAAAACCCUGACCACAAAUUUCGUCUCUACUCCUCAAAAAGAUCAUUUUUUUCAAAUAACUCGAAAAUAAAGAUCAAUAUCUGCUAACGUGUAAGAGCCAUAGGGUACCGAGAAAUAGCCUGUCGAAAAGGUACGAAAAAGGCUCAACUUUCUUUGGUUUUUCGAUUUUUAAAACGCCUACUGUUAUCCACUAUAUCAUAAGAAACACGAGAAAGAAAUUUUUAAAAAAAAAAUCGAAAAGAGUUCUUUUUCGACAAACUAUUUUUCAGUACCUAUGGCGCUAAGCCAAUUAUUUUUUCUAUUUUUGAUUACUCAUACCUGAGACCUCCUUCCACAGAAGUUUGAAUCACCUGACACAAUUCCCCAGUGAGAAGGGAAGUUCGAGAUCACAAGUUUUUAAAAAGUUUUUGUUCUAUAUCACUUUUUCAAAAAAAUUCUGACAUUUUUGUGUUGUUCCAGCAGUAGAAACGGGCUGGUUUCGGACGAGUUUUUAGGUAGAAUUUAAACAUAAAUAAUGUUCACUAGGAAACUUUUUUUAACCCACCGGUUGAAUUCUGAGGAAACAUCGCUGAAGUGUUCUUUAGAACCUUCUUAUUGCAGAAUAAGAAGAAAAUUUCUCGCAAUAGAUCUUGUUUUUCGAGUUAUGAAGCUUGAAAUAGCGUUUUUGGUCAUAAUUUGCGUAUUUUGCGGACUUUGGAGCUCCAUAACUCGAAAACAAAGAUCUAUUUGAAGAUCUGGAAUCAGGAGGUCCUAAAGUACACUUCAGCGAAGUUUCAUCGAAAGUUACAAAGUAAGGGGGGUUUAAAACGUUCCCUAGUCGGAAGGGGAAUGAAGUAAAAAUAAAUUUUUCAGAUGCAAAUGCCCGGAACGACGGUGGCGGGAAUGUUCGUGGCGGCUCCGGAAUAUCACCAGCCUCAUGCUGGAAUGCAACAGCCCGGAAUGAUGCAGGGAUAUCAUCCCGCCGUUUUUGCGGUUUCUUUUGGUUUUUUUGAAUCGGGAUAGUUGAAAAAAAUUCAUUGUGAACCGUAAACCCAAAAAAAUCGAGAAUAUAAUCAUUUCAAAGGUUCUCUUAAGAAAAUACUGAAACAUUAUUUACAAGGAUUUUUUUAAAGGAUUGAAUUGAAUAUCGAAAAAUUCUCGUUUUGGAGAAAAAAAUAUAUAAAACGGAUUUUUUUAACGCAUCUUCGAUAGUUAGAGAGCGUUCAAAAAUGAGAGGGCAGGUUUUCUCUUUUUCUCUAACCGCUCUCUUAUUUACCAGUGCUCUCUAGCUUGAAAUAUUUUUUAAGCGCGAAAUCCCCGAAAGUUAGAGAGCGAUCAAAAAUGAGAGAGUAUGAGGUUUUUUUUUUCUCUAACCUCCCUCUUGUUUACCAGUGCUCUCUAGCUCGGAAUAUUCGAACGGAUUUUGAAGUUUAAUUUAAUUUAUGUCAACUAGAGCUCUUUUCGGUCAGAAACCCUUUUUUGAGAGCUCAGUAUCUUCGAUAGUUAGAGAGCGCUCAGAAAUGAGAGGGCAGGUUUGUUCUUUUUCUCUAACCGCUCUUUUAUUUACCAGUGCUCUCUAGCUUGGUAUAUAUAAACAGAUUUUGAAAUUCGAAUUUAUUUCAAGUAGGAAUCUUUUUUUAGACAGAAAAUGAUCAGAAAACGGAUUUUUUAACGCAUCUUCGAUAGUUAGAGAGCGUUCAAAAAUGAGAGGGCAGGUUUUCUCUUUUUCUCUAACCGCGCUCUUGUUUGCCAAUACUCUCUAACUUGAAAUAUAUUCAAACGGAUUUUUGAAAUUCAAUUUAUUUUUAGGUAGGAAUCUUUUUUUAGAGAGAAAAUGAUCAGAAAACGGAUUUCUUAACGCAUUUUCGACAAUUAGAGAGCGCUCAAAAAUGAGAGGACAGUUUUUCUCUUUUUCUCUAACCGCACUCUUGUUCACCAGUGCUCUCUAGCUUGGAAUAUUUUUUAAGCGCGAAAUCUCUGAAAGUUAGAGAGCGUUCAAAAAUGAGAGGGCAGAUUUUUUCUUUUUCUCUAGCUGCUCUCUUGUUUGCCAGUGAUCUCUAGCUUUUUCUCUCACCUAGGAGGUCAUAGAAAAGGGAUAAAAACACUUGAACCUGAGAGAGUGCAGAGAAAAGUUAAAAUUUCUCGUUUUUUGAAGAAUUUAGGUCAAUUUUGUAGCUUUUUUCAGGGUCUAAUCCUGUUUUUUUCGUGAAACCUUUUUAAUUUCACUUUUUAGAUAGAAUGUUUAGAAGUAAAAUUAUAAUUUAAACGAGCUGAUCUUGAAAAAAAGCCUGAAAAUAUUCAAAAAUCGCCAAAAAAAUUUAAAAUUUUUCAGGCUCCCGGACAAAUGGGAAUGAUGCAGCCGGGGAUGCCCCCACAUCAAAUGAGUUCGUUUCUUUUUAGAAAUAUUGAUUGAUUGAAAUUUUUGUUCAGAUAUGAUCCCUGGACAGCCGGGUAUGAUGCUCAGGCCCGGACAGCCAUUCCCGCCACAAGGUACUUAAAAAAAUAUUUUUUUAAAGUUUUUUUGAGUUGAUUUUUGGGGAAAUAACUGUUAUAAAUAGGAUCACGGAUACAGAAAUUUUUUGAAAAAGCGAAAAAAAGAAGGUUUUAUUUUUUUAAAAAUAGCCUUUGCCAACGCGCUAAUAAAAUAAUGGAGUUUUAGAAAAAAAUCAACAGCAUUCAAAUAUUAUAUUUUAGAGCGUUUUAUAACAUUUUUUUAUUAAUGACCGACUUUUUUUAAACGAAAUUAUUGUUUGGCUCAUUCGACGUCGAUUAGGGUUAUUAAAGGCGCAGGGCUGGGCUUGAAUUGGAAUCUUUUUGAGACUAUUUUUUUCUGGAUUUUUGACACGUUUUUUUGGCGAUUUUUCCUCGCAUUUAUAAGUGCUUUUAAAAGUUUUCCAAAAAAAUAUUUUUUUGACUAAAUCUAAUUCAAUUUUUUUGCUUGAAAAUGUGAAAAAAAGUUGGCUGAAAAAAAUUCUUAAAAUAAAGUUUCAAGCGUUUUCGAACAAAAAAAUUGGGUUCUCAGAAUUUUUUGAAACAAAAAUUAGGACAAUUUUAUGAGAUUCUAAGCUCCAAAAAAAGAAAAUAUAGAAAAAAAUAAUUUUUCUGAAGUAUUAUUUCAAGUUCAAAAAUUUAAAAUUUUGGGAUUUUUUUGAAUUCAAAUGGGAGAUAUGGUGGGAAAAAUUUCAAUUUUUUUCAGUUUUUUUAAAUGAAACAUUUUUUUAAAUAAGUUCAAGUUUUUUUCCAGUUUUUUUCCUUCUUUCUAGUCCUCAUUUUUUUCAACAAACCCACUGCUUGUUUAGUUUCCUCGCGAUUCUUUCUUCUUUUUUUACGACUUUUGUUUGACUUGACAGCUGUUUCAGUGAUCUUUGGCUGUGUGGGGAAUUGAAUUUUUCUUUUUUUAACCUUGAACUUUUUUGAACUUUUAUAAUUUAUAGGCGUUUAAUAAUGGCCGUGAUAAGCUGAAAAUUGUGCGCCCUUAGGAACUCCAGAGUGGUCACUAUAGGGCAAGGGGCUUCUAGAUUUCCCUUUAGGGAUCGCUUUUCCUUUCGAGGUACUAAAGCUUGCAAAAAAAAAGUGGCCCCUCUAGGGGAGCCUUAAGGCCGCAAAACGGUAGCAAAAAGGCAGCAAAAAGGCUCCAAAAAGGCUCCAAAAAGGCAGCAAAAAGGUCGCGAAAAGGCCGCAAAAAGCCGCAAAAGGGCAGCAAAAAGGCUCCAAAAAGGCUCCAAAAAGGCUGCAAAAAGGCAGCAAAGAGGCUCCAAAAAAAGAAAAAGAUUUUUUUAUGACUCACAAUCAUGGGAAAAAAAUAGUUUUUUUAAUUGAAUUUCAAGGUGGAAUGCACCCGGCGAUGCACCCGGCCGCCAAUCAACAAUUCGUCAUCCAGCAACAGCAGGCCCAGCAGCAAAAUGCCCAACAGCAGCAUUGGAACCGAUAUUAG